AAGGGGCUGGAACCUGGGGCAGGCGUAUUUGCACCCAGCACAGUAAGAAGCUGCGCUGGUCUCCAGGGGGUCCUGUUGUUCCUCUUGCUGCACCCACACUCACAGAAGCAUGAUCUUCUCUCCCUUCAUUCCUCCUGCUGCCCGGAUUGUAAAAGGCCUGCAAGAAGGCCCUGGGAAUGUGCUUGUCUGGUCCGAUGCCACACAGCACCCAUCCAGUGGCACCAGCUGGUUCAGGGAGCCUGCUCCUCUGCGAGGGUCUUGGAGGAUCCGGUUCCAGAGAGUCCUGGCAGGCUUCACCAAGUGCUUCAGGGGAGGGUACCGGACUCUCGAAAACUGCGACUGAGGAGGAGCCACAAACAUAGCCAUGAGCAGUGACCAAGACCCCUCUGCUAUCCAGACUCCAUGCUUUCCCUACUUCCCCCGCCCCUGCCCUUAAUAAAUCCUGGAACACUUGA